UCUUUUGUUCACCUUGCCUCUAAAGCAAACCAAUGCAAAGCAAAUCUCUAAAGCAAACCAAUGACACAUAAAAUCCCAAAACGUACGAAAACCUACGACUACUAUUACUGCUUCUGCUAAUCAUCAUCAUGUAGCGGCAGCAACUAACUGAGUGAACAUAUUUUUACAUAUUUAAAUGCUCUUAAAACAAAUGACUUUGCUUUACGUAUUUUACCCGAGGCUUGCCAAACAUCAUGUUGAACAAUGAAUAAAAGUCUCACCCUCUAUUUCUUUCUCAUAUACCUUUUGUCUUGCUCCACCGUAGAACUGCAGCAGGAUCAGAGAAAAGUGCUAAAUAACUGAGAGAAGAAAUGAACAGGAUACAAGGGCAAAUAGAGGAGCGAGGGUACUGGGGCAGUAAAGCAGAGUUUCUUCUGGCUAUUGCAGGGAAUGUGGUUGGUCUGGGUAACGUCUGGAGGUUUCCUUACCUCUGUUACAGGAAUGGAGGAGGGGCGUUCCUGAUCCCCUACCUGGUGUUUGUGGUUACCUGUGGGGUGCCUCUGUUCCUGCUGGAGACGGCCAUGGGACAGUACACACAGGAAGGUCCGAUUACAUGCUGGCAUCGGCUCUGUCCUCUGGCUGAGGGUAUUGGCUAUGCAGGGCAAUUGAUAUUGCUUUACAACUGCAUGUAUAGUAUCAUUCUGGCCUGGGCGCUUUUCUACCUCAUUUUCUCUUUCAAUUCCCAACUUCCAUGGGCCAGCUGUGAUAACACCUGGAACACAGAUGACUGUGUAAAUCUUGCCGAACAAAACCUGACCCUCAACCAGACAAAGCUAAUUCAUUCUACACCUGCAGCUACUGAGUUCUGGGAACGCAGAGUGCUGUCUCUCUCUGGAGGUAUUGAGGAGAUCGGUCAGAUCAACUGGGAGAUUGUUCUGUGUUUAAUUGCAGUUUGGGUCAUAUGUUAUUUCUGCAUCUGGAAAGGAAUCAAAUCUACAGGCAAGGUGGUGUAUUUCACAGCUACAUUUCCUUAUGUGAUGCUGCUGGUGUUGCUGAUUCGUGGGUUAGCUCUUCAGGGGGUUGUGUUUUACCUGUACCCUGAACCGACCCGGCUCUUUGACCCACAGGUUUGGAUGGAGGCAGGAACUCAGAUCUUUUUCUCCUACAGUGUGUGUUUCGGCUCUCUCGUCACACUAGCAAGUUAUAAUCAAUACCAUAACAACUGCUACAGGGACUGUGUGCGGCUUUGCCUUCUGAACAGUGGCACCAGUUUAGUGGCAGGUUUUGCUGUGUUCUCAGUCCUGGGCUUCAUGGCUAAUGCGCAGGGCGUCCCUAUUGAGGAGGUAGCAGAAUCAGGUCCAGGACUAGCGUUCAUAGCUUAUCCACAGGCAGUAGCUAUGAUGCCUCUUCCUCAGUUGUGGGCUGUCUGUUUCUUCAUCAUGAUUAUUUUGCUGGGCCUAGAUACACAGUUUGUUGGAAUGGAGUCUAUAAUUACAUCAGUGAUGGACAUGUUCCCCACGGUGUUGCGCAGAGCUGGUCGCCGAGAAAUUUUUAUCCUGCUCUUCUGUCUCACUUGCUUUUUUGGACAACUCCUCAUGGUUACAGAGGGGGGGAUGUAUGUAUUCCAGUUGUUUGACUACUACGCCUGUAAUGGAGCUUGUAUUCUGUUCCUGUCUGUGUUAGAGUCUCUGGUUAUGGGUUGGAUCUUUGGGGCUGAGAGGAUGUUUGACAUCAUUGAAGACAUGACAAAGUCACGACCCAAUUACAUUUUCAUGCUGUGCUGGAAAUACCUGACUCCUCUUGUGUCCCUGGUGUCUUUAGUUUAUUCUAUUGUGGAGUACAAGCCCCUCACUUUGAACCGCUGGUAUGUGUACCCAGACUGGGCGUAUGUACUAGGCUGGUUACUGGCCCUGUCCUCCAUUCUGCUGGUGCCUGGGUGGGCGCUAGGCCGAAUGUGUGUUGGGAAAGGAAGCCUGAAACAGCGUUGGUGCCACUUGUGUACUCCUGACACAAACCUCCCUCUCAUCUAUAAGCAAAGAGCUAAAGUCCAGGAAGAAACUUUCAACACAGGUGUUGAGGUGGAAGACAUGGUCAGCAGCAACACAAACUAAACCCUCACUAAAUAUACUGUUGUGUUGAGAACAAACAAUCAUUUAACCUUUUGGGAAAAAUCAGUAGCCUAUUGAUAUUUCUGUGUUUACUUGUUUACCCUAGAAACAGCUAUAGCAUAUGUGUGGGGUUAUAUUCAGCAUGGAAUAUAGAAUUGACAAGAGUUAUUUUAUUAUUUGUGAUGUUUAAAACCAACACUGCUAAUGUUACAGCUACUGAGAUGAGAUGCACAGACCAGAUGAACAUUUGACAGCAUAAUCUUUGAUUUGAGAUUCCCAAAUUAUCUGUCCCCAAAUAAAUACAAUACCAUUUUAAUUUAACACUAAUACUAUUCAGUGGCUUGUUUGGUUGUGUUCCUUUUUCCGUCACCUGGCCUAAUGAUGUCCUGCAAG